CUAAUAUCCCGUGUAUGCUAAACAAAAAAAAAAAACGACAACCCUGGGGUAAAACAGGGUGGAAAAAGCGCGUUAAGUUAACAAAUAAAAAAAAAAAAGUAAUAACCAAUCGCUAUAUUGUCUUUGAUCGAAUUUUCACAUAAUGACGGGACAGUCCGGUUCCUCGGAACCGGAUGCCUCGGAGAUUACCGUUUCGAAUAAUGAGAAACGAUCAUCAAAAUUACACGAUUACAAACUCGAAAAGUUGUUCGCUAAAGAGAUACAAGAUGUGUUGGAAGCGGCAACGGCAAAAGCCAAAAGACUCCAUCGGAGAAAGAAGAUGUACGUCCGUCGGAUCGAAGCGGUGAGGUCGCAGAACGAUUGCUUCCGCGAAAUGAAAAAGGCCGCCGAGGAAGUGCCAAUUAUCGGCUUACUUCCAGAAUGGGAAAGGGGCAUUCGCAAAUUGCUCGUUCGAUUGGAUGCGAGCGGCAAGUACGCGGAUAUUCUCGAGGAGCAGAUUCAGGAAUUGAAGAAGAGGUAUUGCGAGACGAUGCGCGAGCUGACGAUACGUCGCGCGAUACUAAUCGAGUGCGAGGACGCGUGCAGAGAAGAUCUGUACGCCAUUUUGCCUUACAAGUAUCCCGGUCGUACGAAGUUCGCCGCGAAAUUUUUCAAAAAUCGCUGCACGUUCUCCAAACAGUAUUACCUGUCGCAUCAGCUCGUUAGAAGCAUCGUCGCUAAGGCGCAUCUUCUUCUGCCGGAGAUACUUUGCGACUUCGCACGCUAUCGCACCCUCGACUUUCUUAAUUUCGACAGAUUUUGCGAUUCGGUUCGCGCGGAUCUUAAGAAGAGCGUGCACACGAUCACCGCUUCGUAUUACGUUAACAUCGCGCGAACCGUCUCCCAACGUCGCAACAUUCAGGAUGUGUCCGGGAACGUUCUGCCGCGUUUUCUCAAAUGCGCCACGACUCUUCUAGGUCUGCAAAUAAUCAACCGCGCCAUCAACACCAUCGAGCACUUGCUGAACGUUCUCACCGAUCGAGCUGCGAUGCCUUUUUUGACGUUCGAGUUGAAGUGCGAAAAUCGCGAUCUGUUCGCGAGUCCUCGGCUCGAGGAGUUGCACAACAUCUUUCACGAUUUCGUGAACGAGAUAGCGACCAGCGGUCGGCAUUUGCCGCCGUUGGAAACGUGGGUGCACAGCAGACGUUACCAAGGACGUGGAGGAAGAGAAGAAAGACGAAAAGGCGGUAAAAGGGAAAAAGGACAGACGGAACUUAAUAUCGCCGCGAAUAGUAACCCCGCGUUUGUCUCGCUGCCCGAUUGGUACUUGAAUAAAGCGCACGAACGUCUGACUGCGAGUUUGCAAGAAUUUUUCCGGCCACUGUGCGACUACGUGGCGGAACUGCGACUGAAAUUCGAUUGCAUCCUUCACGUCGAGGACAACGAGCAGCUCGACGCAAUGGCCGCCACGAAACGGUUCAAGAAGGAACACACUCUGGAGCAAUGCAUGGAGAGAGUUAAAGAUUUUAACGACUUGAUACGCGCGAUACACGGAAUGCCCGAUAAUGAGUACUUAGAAACGAUGAGAGUGCAUCAAGUUGCCGCAAAACACGGUCUCAUUUAUUUCGCGAACAGAUCACGGGAUAUUGUCAUCGACGAGCUAGUGGAGCGUCAUUGGAAUUACAAUCUGGACAUAUGCAAUACGUUCGAAGAGCUAAGAGACCGUGCACUAGACGUUCCGCAAACCACAAAAGAAUUACUGGAAUUAGGUCAGUACAUGUUGGCGGCGACGUCAACGGUGUUGAUGGAACUGCAGGAAAAAAUGUAUCUUUCGCUUCGCAUGUUGACCUCUCUCCUCGAGAUGACUAGUUUGAGCCGACAUCACAUCGAGUUAAAUACCACGACUGUGCAAUGGUUCAAGCGUAUCAAACCGAUUUUCGAACGCAGCUCGUCGAUGUACGAACAAAUGAAAUUCGAUCUUGAGGAAAAGCUUCAGGAGGAGGUCGAGAUCCUGAGUCACCGUGUGGAAGGCAUGUUUCCUAGGUUGGUCAUAAUGAACGAUAUGGAUGAUGCCAAGCGCGUGAAGGAAUACAUCGAGCUCAUGUGGAAGAUGAUGCGCGAGUUGGAGCGCAUGAAGCAGAAAGCCGAAUCGAUAAAUGCGGAAGAGGCGUUGUUUCAAUUCCCGUUGACGGCUUAUCCGCGCAUCAAUGAACUCAGAGAGAACAUUCUCCCAUUUUACAACGUAAUAUACAAGGGAUAUCGUUGGCAAAGGAACCGCGAGGUCUGGCUCAACAGUUCCUUCGAAUAUCUCGAUAUAGAUCAUAUAGAGAACAAGUGCAAGGAAUAUUUUCACGACUUCAACAAAACCAGUAAACUUUACAGAACGAAAAUCAAGAUCCAACUCGCGACCAAUUAUCCGUACAGUUUCGGAGGAUACGUGGACGAUCCCGAUCCGUUUCAGCAUCCGGCACCUUUAAAAUUGUGUCAUCAGUUUUUAGAGGAAGUGAGAUGGUUUAUGCAAUACAUUCCGCUGUUAGCCAUUUUUCUCGAUCCAACGAUGACGCAGCCACUUUGGGACAAGAUGUCGGUUAUCGCGGGAGUCGACCUAACGCCGGAUGCCGGCAUGUCACUGAGAAAACUCAUUGCUAUGAACUUAAACAGAGAAGAUUUGGAAAGAGUUCCCAUGGAACGGUUAUUCUGGAAUCUCCUGGAAUCGAAACUGGAAGAAACGGGAUGGGGUGUGCCCGACGAAGAAGAAGAACACGAAGAAGAGGACGAAGACGAAGAAGAUCAAAUUCUUCGCAACGAAACGCCAAUAUAAAACGCGACGGCGAGAGGGUAGAGAAAAAGGAUACAGAUUACAAGUGUUAUAUAUAACAUUCUAUUUCAUAAUUAUUAGGCAAUAACAUAACAAUACAUAUAUACACGUGUAUGUACGUCUACUGGCGAACAGUAUUUUUGUAUGUUUCGCUUAUACGGUAUAAAACUCACAUACAACGUACGCGCGUUUUUCUUCUCGCUUGCUAUUCAAAAUGUACCCGUUAAACUAACACUGAUCGUUCCACACCACGUGACCCGCCGAUACUUCGAGAUCAUUUAUUUCUUCUGGAAAUAUUGGAGCGUUUUUUUUUCCUCCCAAACUUUUUUUUUAUAAACAUCAUAAUUCUAAUCGCUGAUGAUCCGAAUCAGGUUGUCUCAAACAAUCCGCACGUAACUCCGUGCCGCAACGUUGUUUGACUCUUUCUCAUUAAUAUAUAUAUAUAUAUAUAUAUAUCGUAUUCUUUUGUAGUAGUUUCGCGCCGCGCGCGAGCAAGUUCGCUUCUGAAUUUUAGUCUGUGGUGGAUUCACGCUGUUUGAACAUACGGAUAUUCCGCGGGACGUAAAUAUUGACGGUGCUCGCGAUCUAGAACGACAGUUUCUUGUAUCUUCCCCAUCAUGUAACAGUUUACUAUCUUAAAUGUAACUUUCGGAAGCAGUUCUGAGCAGCGCCGACAAUGUUGGAGAGUAUGUAUUACAUAUGCAUCGCGCGUAUUCUCUCGCCGCUGCGCACAACCACCUCCCUUCCCCUCCUCGCUUCGCAAUCUUAAUCGCAGAACUGUUUUCUAAAGGAACACACCAACUCUCUAUCUUGUACGUAAUUUAUAAUCUUAUCUCUUUCGUAGAUGCGAGAAAAGAUCGUCGAUGAGAGACGGAUCUCGUUUUUAUUAAUUAUGUAUACAAAAAGUUCAGAGAAGAAUUGGACCAAGUGUUUGAAUGAAGAAUACUCGGCUGGAGCGCCUGAUAAUUUUGUUACGUCAUUACGAAAUUGAGUGAAGUCUGAUCUCACACAACAACGCGUAACCGAGAGAGAUAUGUAAUACAAAAAUUCCGCGAAAUGUAUACUUAAUAUGCAAAUUUGAAGAAAUAUUAACGUACUUCUGAUACAAAGUCUCGUCUUCGAGAUUUUAAUGUGCACGUUCGAGGACUCAAAAAAAAAAACGGAAUUUACGAAAUUGGUCCAAAUUUUGCUCUAAAGUUCUUCGUAUUUUUAUAUAAUAUUUCCCUUGCAACUUCAUCUUUGGCUCCUCCUCUGUUUUUCGGGAGAGAGAGCAGUAGUGUCAUCAUAAAUAUCUGUAUUUUCACUAACAGUCUACAUCGUUUAAAGACAUGUAAAGACAGUAAAGAUAGGACGAUAGAGAUUGAACGAUAGCGCAGAGUGUGGAGGGUAUCUCUCCACACCCCCGUAGUACAGUACAUAGUAUAGUAGUCAUAGAUUACAUACAUGUGUUACACGUAUAUUGUGUAGCGUGUCUAUGUAUAAUAGGUAUUUAUCUUAGAAACAAAAGCAGUAACCAAGAAAAUAAAAACAAAAACCAAAAACAAAAACGAGAAAGAGAAGUUUCGAAGAAAAAGGGAUGAAGGACGAAAGAAAGAAGAUUCGGGAGUUGGAUCUACGGACGUUAUGUCUCUUAAAAAUGCAGAAAUGGCCACAUGGGAUAUAAUACGGUAAUAUUUACAGGAUGAUGCAGCCAGCCCCGAAUGACGAUGCGACUCGAGAGAAGAUGAGAUUCGGUGUGUGUCUUUCUUUCUGUGUAAAAAUUUCAUACACAGCACGAUAAAAAAUCGGACUACGAAAUUGCACUCGUGCUGCAGAGAAAAAUUGUCUAUCUUUUCGCUUAGUUCUCUCUGUGCUCAUUUUUUUUUUUGUUCUGAGAGUAAAUACGUUUUUAUCCUCGAUUAAGUCUACCAGCGCUUCUAUUUUUUUUUCUUCCGGUUAGAUAAAGAGAGAGCUUGAAAUCGAGGAACGCGUUUAUAAUGCGCAGCUCGUGAAUCUUGUCUUGUAAAUAAAUAAUCCAACAUAAAGACUAUAUAAUUUAAAUCUAAAACUGUAAUAUACAAUGUGUAAAAUUGUAAUAUGUAACAAAACAACAUUAAGUAAACACGUAAAUUUUAAGUAACAAUAAAAGGUAACAAUAAAUGUUAAGUAACAAUGAAAACAUGCUUGGAAAAAAAAAUUUUUUGAUUGCCACUAAUCGAGGCGACGGUCAAUUAUUGUUAGAAACGUCUUUCUCUAGAAACGAUUUCAAUUUAAUUGAAAACGUCGCAAGAGAGAGAUUCACAGAGAUUCUACCGCCUCGAUAUACAAAGUGCGCAAAAGCAAACGCACGGCGAUCGCUUUUACUGUACAAAUGUUUUUUUUUUUUUUUUUUUUCAACAAGUUCACGCACAGCCAUAUUUUUCACGCGUCAAUUAAGUCUUUGGUCCGAAUAGAAACGUUUUUUUUUUUUUUCUAUCGCGAUAUUUAUUGGUCGUUUAUCACGAGAGACUGAUUGGACGCGACAGCCGAAACUAGUUUAUAUCAAAGGAAGAUGUGUAAUCAAAUCUAUACACAAUAUAAUAGAAAACAAUUGUGUCGAUAGCUCGCGUUGAUUGGUUUUCACAAUCAGUCGUGUGAAAUAUUUUAACUAAAACUAUUGAUAUUAACCGUUUGCACUCCUCACUUUUUUUAUGUUGAGAGACAGAAAAAAAUUUUCAAUCGCUGAAGAUACAUCAAGGACUUUUUUUUUG